AUGGCAGACAACGGUUUGGAAGCGAUUCGUUCUAAGCGCAUGGCUGAAAUGAGACAACAGCAGCAGGGUGAGGGCGGUGCCAAAGCUCAAGCCGAACAGGCGGCGAAAGAAACAGAAAUGAAGAACAUGAUUCUUGGCCAAGUACUAGAGCAGGGAGCCAGGACGAGAUUGAAUACAAUAGCUCUGACCAAACCUGACAAAGCCAGAAUGAUCGAAAGUAUAAUUAUCCAGAUGGCCACCUCAGGGCAGCUUCAGGGACAGAAGUUGUCAGAGCAGCGUCUGAUUGAUCUUCUGGAGCAAGUGAGCAAUUCAACUCAGAAGAAAACAACAGUCAAGUUUGAUCGGCGCAGAGCUCACCUUGAUGAUUCUGAUGAGGACUUCUAG